AAAUAAAUAAAUAGUAAAGAAAAGAAAGAGAGAAACUUGUAGAUAAGUUGCAAGGCAGAGAGAACUGGAGAGAAAGUGCGUUGUAUUUUUGUUAGUUAAGCUUUUUGGCAGAGGAUCUAAAGAUCUGGUUUUUGUCUGAUCAUCAUCAAAAUCUUCACAAACUUCUCAAUAACUGUAAAUGUUGAAAUUUCUCAAUCGAGUGCUUUAAGAGAGUAAUUUCUACAAGCGUACCUUUGGAAGAAAUACAUUUUGGUAUAGAGAGGUCUUGUGGCUGUUGCUGUAUUUGAGUGAUGUCGUUCCGGAGCAUAGCUCGUGAUUUACGGGAUAGUUUUGGGAGCUUAUCAAGGCGGAGUUUUGAGGUGAGGUUGCCUGGUCAUCACAGGGGAAAGUCUCAUGGUGCAGUCCAUGAGUUGCAAGAGCCGCCUCUUGUUAUCCAGAGUAGUUGCUGGGCUGGCCUUCCACCUGAGUUACUCCGUGAUGUCAUUAAGAGGUUGGAGGCAAGUGAGAGUACUUGGCCGGCUCGCAAGCAUGUCGUUGCCUGUUCUGCCGUUUGCAGGUCUUGGAGGGAAAUGUGCAAGGAAAUUGUUCAAAGCCCUGAGUACUCUGGAAAGCUGACUUUUCCUGUCUCUCUUAAGCAGCCUGGGCCUAGGGAUGGGACUAUUCAGUGCUUCAUUAAAAGAGAUAAAGCAAAUUUGACAUACCAUCUUUUCCUUUGUCUUAGUCCUGCCUUGCUUGUGGAAAAUGGUAAAUUUCUUCUUUCAGCUAAAAGGAACCGAAGAACUACUUGUACAGAGUAUGUGAUCUCCAUGGAUGCAGAUAAUAUAUCAAGGUCAAGUAGCACUUAUAUUGGGAAACUGAGGUCAAAUUUUCUUGGUACAAAGUUUAUCAUUUAUGACACGCAACCACCAUGUAAUGGUGCUCAGGUUGUGCCACCUGGUCGUACGAGUCGAAGGUUCUACUCAAAAAAAGUUUCCCCAAAGGUUCCUGCUGGAAAUUAUAAUAUUGCCCAAAUUAUGUAUGAGCUAAAUGUGCUUGGCACCAGGGGACCACGCAGGAUGAAUUGUACUAUGCACUCAAUCCCUGCGUCAGCUCUUGAACCUGGUGGCACUGUUCCAGGCCAACCGGAGCUCCUGCCUCGUUGUUUAGAAGAUUCAUUUAGGAGCACCACCUCCUUGUCAAAAUCUAUAGACAACUCGACUGAGUUUAGUAGCUCUCGCUUCUCAGACCUUAUUGGUCCCCGAGAAGGGGAAGAUGAUGGCAAGGACAGGCCAUUAGUCCUCCGAAACAAGCCACCAAGAUGGCACGAACAACUUCAGUGCUGGUGUCUUAAUUUUAGGGGGAGGGUGACAGUUGCCUCUGUGAAAAAUUUCCAACUAAUUGCUGCAACUCAGCCUACACCUAGUGCUCCAGCACCAACACAACCAGCUCAGUCCGGGUCUGAUCAUGACAAGAUUAUCUUGCAGUUUGGUAAGGUUGGGAAAGAUAUGUUUACCAUGGAUUAUCGAUAUCCCUUGUCAGCCUUUCAGGCUUUUGCUAUCUGUUUGAGUAGCUUUGACACUAAACUGGCUUGUGAAUAAGAGAAUGAACUAGGAAGUAAGAAUUAGCCCAUCUAGUUCGUAUUAGUUUGUUCUUUUCUCCCUUUUUUUAAAAGGAUCUUUUAGCUAUAAGCAGUAGGUCUGCAGCUCAUUUUCGAGAUCCAUGCAUUACCCUUUUCCUUUUGAUGUAAUUUCUUUUCUAUCUCGUGUAGUUUGAUUAGUUUGUUUAAGAUGACCAGUUGCAUUUGUUGUAUAACCAAUAACCUUGCUUAUGUUGUAAAACAUUGAAAAUUGGGACCCUGUAUACACUAGUAUCAUUUACUUUUCCUCUGCUUGAACGAUC